AUGUCUGAAAGCUGUGAAACAGACGUAUCGCAAACAUGUAAAGCCAAAGCAUGCGCAAUUCAAGAUUGCCUUCUACGUAAUGGAUACAAUGAGUCGAAAUGCACCACUUACAUCGACGAUCUAUAUAAAUGUUGCAAGGAAUUCUACGAAGAACAUGGCUCUGAUGCUAAAAGCGUUUGCUGUCCCAAAUUCAAUCUACUACAAUUGAAAUUGCAACAACGGUCAUUAGGAAAGAUCGAUGCCAAUAUGAUCAAACAAGGUAGAGCAUAG